AUGGCUGUGCUGGUCCUUCUGGGACUGGUGGACUUGAGCCUGGAAUCCACCUCCGUUCCCGUCUUCCCGGUUGCAGGAAAGAUCCCGGAGAGGAGCUGCUGUUUGAACGGCGGGACCUGUAUUUUGGGGAGCUUCUGUGCCUGCCCCCCUCGCUUCAGGGGACGUCACUGCGAGGUGGAUGAGCGGAAAAUACACUGUGGGAGGCUGUCACAUGGCAGCUGGUGGCCCCGAAAGUGCUCCCUCUGUAAGUGCUCCCUGGGAGCACUGCGCUGUUUCCAACAAAACUUCCUGCCCGGCUGUGGCGAUCCCGGGGAGGAAGACAGCGGAUUUGGGAUCUCGGACGGCGGAUCCGGGAUCUCCGGGAGCUCGGGAUCGGCGCGGAUUCCCUCCCGCUUCCUGCUCUGGGGCCUCGCCGCCUCCGCCAUCUUCCUCCUGCCCUAG